AACAAGCCCCUUUAUAAAUCGCGUACCCACAAUACCUUUCUCUCUUCCCUGCGUGUCUCGCCGCCAUGAAGGUCGAUCUGUGCAGUUUCAGUGGGUAUAAAAUCUAUCCCGGCCACGGCCGGCGGUACGCCAGAAUCGAUGGAAAGGUAUUCCAGUUCCUGAAUGCUAAAUGUGAGUCUGCGUUUCUGUCCAAGAGAAACCCCAGACAGAUCAACUGGACUGUCCUGUACAGACGGAAACACAAGAAGGGCCAGUCUGAAGAGGUGACUAAGAAACGCACCCGUCGUGCAGUGAAGUUCCAGCGGGCCAUCACUGGUGCCUCACUGGCCGAGAUCCUGGCAAAAAGAAACCAGAAACCUGAAGUGCGUAAAGCGCAGAGAGAACAGGCCAUCAGAGCUGCCAAAGAGGCCAAGAAAGCAAAGCAGGCAACCAAGAAGCCAUCCACCCAGAGUGCAAAGGGUCCUUCUAAAUCUGCACCCAAACAGAAAAUCGCCAAACCCAUGAAGGUCAACGCUCCUCGUGUCGGUGGCAAGCGCUAAAGUUCAUGUUUUGGUACUUGGUGUAUUAAUAAAGGUUUCAUAAUAUCAA